UUUUCAUUUUUAAACAUUGGCAAAACUGAUUUAUUGCACAUUCUGGCUCGGAAAAAAGUUCAUUUAUUUCAUUUGCUUUUUUAACAAAUUUAAUAUUUCUAUUGUUUAGAAUUAUGUGUGAAUUUUAAGUGGAAAAAUGUCAAGAGAAAAUGAAAAUAUAAUGGAUGAAGAGGACGAAGAUGUAGUUCUUCAGGGCAGCGAAUUACAUACAAUUUUAACAAACAUGGGGUUACAUGAUUUUGAAAGUGUUCCGAUUCAAAGAACUGAACAUUUUAAUACUGAAGUGACUGCUAAUGGCCUUUUUAAUAAGGUGAACCUUUCAAUGAAACAAAUAGUCUUCUCUUUUUAUAAUUCUAUUCUUUGCACAAUACAGUUACAGGACAAUCAAUUUUUAAAUGAACAAUUGAGACUUAUUUUAAGAUUGGAUUGUCUUUUAGAUGAUCAUGCGUCUAAAAUACAAAGUUUUGUUGAUGAUAGAAAGCAAUGUGUUUUUAAGAAAGCGAUGCAUUUAUUUCCAUUAGUGAGUUCAUCUGUAACCAUCUAUUAUGGAUUAUUUAAAAAAUGUAAAAGUGUUUUAAGUAUUAUGCUGGCUUCAUCCAUUUUUACUUUAACAGCACACAGAAGAUUUUUACGAUGGAAAGCUAGUAAAAAUCUAAAACAUCUUAUAUCCUUACAAAAUGAUUUUUAUCAUUCAUGUAAAAAUAGUCUUAAAAUUUUGAGAUACUCUUUUAGAAUGAAAUCAGAUCCACGAAAAUCUGGCCAGAAAUUUGUAGAAUUGGAGAAAUCAAAACAUAUGUAUCUUUUACCGUUAACUGGAAUUUUAAUAUCUUCUUUGGAAAAUGUUUCCCUUCUUUUUUAUCAAGCAUCUAAUUGUAUUUUUAAACUUUUACCAACUUCUGUCAGUAAUGACGAUUUAAAGACAAUCUUUGAAACUGGUUCAUUUUCUAUAAGGGGAGAAGUUACUUAUCAAACCUUAAAGAAUCAUUAUUAUAUGUAUCUCCUCGUCCAAUCAGAGAUGUUACAUCUUUUAGCUAUUGCUUAUAAUCAAGAUACAUGGCGAAAUUUUGGAAGAUGCCCAGAAAUAAAAUUAAUUCACAUUAUAACUAAUCUUACAAUGAGUUUAGAGAAAUAUUGUUCUAAACUAUCAAAAGUGUUAAAUGAAUUUUCAACCAAAAAAUUCGAACCACAACACAGAGAAUAUAAGGGUUCGAGAAUUUCCAAGUGGCAAGAUUUAUAUGUUCAUUUAGAUUUAACAGCUUACAAAUUACAAAUAGCUUAUAAAGUAUUACUUUCAACAUUGGAAGAAAUCGAUUCACACUCGAAUGAAAAUUCUAAUGACGAUUUUUCUGAAAUUAUUAUGCAAAAUUUAAAUGAGGUCUACAAACAAAUUGACACUGCAAAAAGUUUCACUGAAUUUAGUAGUUUACUUGUUGCUAAAGUACAACAUGAACAAUCCAAGAGCCAAAUCGUUCAAGAAAUGAAUAUUAUUUCUAAUAGUGAAAAAAUAGAAUUGCCAAUAAUUUUAGACUCGGAACCACAAAUAUUCGAUGAAGUUUUUGAGGAAUAUAUUAAAGAAGAAUAUCUAAAACCACUUUACGAGGAUGGAGACGAAUCUGUUGUACAGAAUUAUAAAUUUGAUAAAUUAUUAGCAAAGAAUUUUAUGAGUGAAUUAAAAGAUGCUUUGUUAGAGAAACACAAUUCAAUGUCUGAAAGAGAAUCAAAAGCUUUGCAAAGAAUGUAUAGAAAUGUUACUCAAGAAAUUUCAUCUAAACAAGGAGAUAAUUUGACUGAUAAAAUAGAUAUGGUUCCUCCUCCACCACCAUUACCGUUAAAUAGUUCUAUGACUUUGGAUAAUAAUGAAGAAAAAAAUAUAUAUUCAUUUCCAAAUGCAGUAAAACCUGAAGGAAUUGUUGAGAAAAUUAAUUUAAUACAGGAAAAUGAGCUAGAAAAUUUACCCGAUGAAAAAGAGAUUCUAAAAAGAUUAACAAAGCAAACAUUUUAUGGAAAUGAAGAUCAAGAGGAUGAUGAAAAAAUUGAUGUACAAAGAUUUUCAAUAAUUCAAUGCAAACCAAAUUUUCCUCUAUUUCUCAAAGUAUCUGAAGAAACAUUUAUUGGCAGUGGAGAAAAUUCAGAGGAGGAAUUAAUUGUAAGCGAAGUAGAAGAUGAUGUAACAUAAAAUCUAUUUUAAUAAAAUUAUUAUCUAUUUUA